UUUUGGUCCUGUUUUUUCUUUGUACAAAUUUUUUUUCUUUAAAAUUUAAUUUUUAUCUAAUUCUAGGUUGUUUUAGAAGAAUAUUAACAGCCACAAAAAUGCUUGGGUCAAUUCUUAAAACGUCUCGUCUCGACAUGCUCUUGGCUUCAUUUCUUUCGACAACUCAAUUCCUUACUCAUCCAAAGCAGAAGGCUCUCUAUAAACUUUAUCGAGCUGAACGGGUUACUCCAAGUGUUAGAGGCGUUGAUUUGCUCAAGUCUCCUGAUUUGAAUAAGGGAAUGGCUUUCUCUCUCCAAGAACGCCAAUAUCUUGGAAUUCAUGGUCUGUUGCCUCCAGCGUUUAUGACAGAAGAACAACAGGCUUACCGAGUGAUUUCUAAAUUGCGUAAACAGCCUAAUGAUUUGGCCCGCUAUAUUCAAUUGGAUGCGCUUCAGGACAGAAACGAGAAAUUAUUUUACCGUGUUUUGUGUGAUAAUUUGAAGGAAUUGAUGCCGAUAGUUUACACUCCAACUGUUGGUUUGGCAUGUCAGCAAUUUGGCUUUAUUUAUCGAAAUCCAAAAGGUGUCUACAUUACUAUAAACGACAACAGCGUCAGUAAAAUAUACCAAAUUUUGAGUAAUUGGAAAUUCAACGAAAUCAAAGCUAUUGUGGUUACCGAUGGAGAAAGAAUUCUUGGAUUAGGCGAUUUGGGAGCUUACGGAAUUGGCAUUCCUGUUGGAAAAUUGGCUUUGUAUGUUGCUUUGGCUGGUAUACAACCUAAGUGGUGUUUGCCUGUUUUAAUUGAUGUUGGGACUGAUAAUCAGGAAUUGCUGGAUGAUCCUUUCUAUAUUGGUUUACGUCGCAAUAGAGUUACUGGACCAGAAUAUGAUACUCUUUUGGAUAAUUUUAUGAAAGCUUGUCGAAAGAAGUAUGGCCAAAAUGUAUUAAUUCAAUUUGAAGAUUUUGGCAAUAAAAAUGCUUAUCGUCUAUUGGAGCGUUAUCGGAAUGAUUAUUGCAUGUUCAACGAUGAUAUUCAAGGAACAGCUUCUGUAGUUGUUGCCGGAUUACUUGCUUGUACACGUGUUACAAAAAAGAAAAUGUCUGAAAGUUCCUAUGUUUUUUUGGGUGCUGGAGGGGCAGCUUUGGGUAUUGCUGAAAUGGUUGUAUUACAAAUGCAAAAUGAAGGUUUAUCAAAAGAAGAUGCUUGUUCAAAAAUUUAUUUGAUGGAUGUUGAUGGUUUAAUAACAACCUCUCGCAAAAAUAUUGAAGAUCGUCAUAUUCCAUUUGCUAAAAAUAUGGAACCAACACGUUCCCUUCUAGAAGUUGUCAAAACUGUUCGUCCUAAUGCAUUAAUUGGAGCUUCAACAGUUGGAGGUGCUUUUACAAGAGAAAUUAUUGAAACUAUGGCAGAAAUAAAUUUGCGUCCAAUAAUUUUUGCGUUGUCAAAUCCAACAGAUAAGGCUGAAUGUACGGCUGAAAAUGCUUUUAGAUAUACCAAGGGAAGUGUUCUUUUCGCAUCUGGUAGUCCAUUCAAAAAUGUUGAGAUGCAUGGACGUAUAUAUAAACCUGGACAGGGAAAUAAUGCUUAUAUAUUUCCGGGUAUUGCAUUGGCUGCAAUUUUGUUCAAAUUGUCAACAAUUAACAAUAAUUUGUUUUUGUUAGCUGCUAAUACUGUUGCUGAAUGUGUAAGCGAUAAAUGUUUAGCAGAAGGACGUAUUUAUUCUCGGCUUAAAGAUAUUAAAGAAAUUUCUAUCAAAAUUGCUAUAAAAAUUGCCAAUGAAUGUUACAAAGAUGGAACAGCAAAAUUAUAUCCUGAACCUGAAGAUAAAGAAAUGUUUAUCAGAUCUCAACUAUAUUCGGUCAAAUAUGAGGAUUUAAUUAAUGAGACAUAUGAAUGGCCAGCACAGGAUAUGACACACGGAUUUCCGUUUCCUCCGGUUUUUAUUUUUUUAAUUUUAAUUUUUUCUUUAAUGGGUGGACUUGAAUUGGGCUUUUAAUUUUUUCGGGGUUAAAAAUUCUGAAAUUUUGUAAAUUCUUUUUAUGAAUGGAGAAUAGGUUAUGGCCGUUCCUUGAAUUAUUUUCGAGUUGAAAAAUUUUUUCUGGGAAGAAUUUUUUGAAAAAAUUUUUUAUAUUGUAAGGACCAAGACGAAAGCGAAUUAUUGUUGUUUCUUGAUUUUUUUUCAAAUUUUUUAGACAAUUUUAAUUUUUUUAACGGACAAUAGAUUCGGUCAAAUAUGAGGAUUUAUGGUGACCGUUCCUUGAAUUUUUUUUAGUAAUUGGAAUUUUUUGGGAUUUUUUUUUAAUUUUUUAUUUUAAGAGAACCUUGAAGAUUCCUUGAAUUUUAUAAUUUAAAUUUCUAUUUUUUAAGGUGAACAGGGACAGUAUGGAUGACUAAAAGACUUCUAAUUGGCAUAGAAAAAUCUCUACAUAAAUAUAUCAAGUUUUUUUUCUUAUUUUUCUGUGCAUAAUCAACAAAAUACUCCCGAGUG